AUGGAUACUUCUAAAGAAGAACAAGAUCCACGAGAUAGAAAUGACCGUCUAAUAGAAUUGUCUGAGCAACAAGACCAACACAGGCUACUAUCUUUCAAGUACUCAAUGAUUAGACAUAUUCAAGAUCAUAUCAUUCAACGCAACAAACAACAAGAAGAAGCAAGACCAAAAGGAUCAGGAUCGGCAACUCGAACGCCAAAACAAACUCCAACAACAACAACAGCUCCAACUGGACCUAGACAAACAACAACGUCGACUAGGCCAACACAUCCUCCAAGUCUAACGUCUCUUUUCAGCACUCAUCAUCAACUAAAACAGCAGCAGCUAACUGGUCGAACUACAGAAAAAACAGAUUCAAAUCAGUUGCUCUAUUAUCAACAACAACUAAAACUAAUCGAGAUGGAUCAAUUGGAGAAAAAGUUAAUGAAACAAGUAUUACUUUUUACAAACAAGAUCACACUAGAACUCAUCCUAAACUCUAUCAUUGAAAUUGCCAAUUUAAUCAAAUCUGCUAGAGAUAAAAGUGAUAAUGACGAUGACAGUGAUGAUGUUGAUAGUAGUGAUGAUGAUGAUGAUGAUGAUGAUGAUGAUAGUGACAGAGAUGACUAUUAUUUACAAUAUGACUAUUGCGAAAACUACAAUUGUAAAGUAGAGAGAACGAUUAAUAGGCCCACAUUAGAUGAUCAAUGUGGGCCAAACUCCGGUGGACGUUUUAUAUAG